AGGUGAGGGCGGUCAUCAGCGUGGGGGCCUAGGGCCGCGGGGUGGGUUGCGCAGGGCAGGUAAGGGGGGCUGUGCUAAAAGAAGGGGGGUGCGGCUAUGGGACAAGGACGUAGAGCCGGGAGUCCCGGCGCAUAGCGUGUCCCGAGGGCAGGGUACCGGCCAGGUGAUGCUUCUGCUCGGGCCUACUUAGGACCGGAAGUAAGCGGUCGCGCGGGGAGGCUGCCGGGAAGCUGGUCCCGGGUAGUGCGUCAAGGGGCAGGCGGUCCCGGAAGCCAGGUGGGAGGUGAUCGUCCUGCAGGCCGCGUGACUGGGCUGUGGUCGGCUUAGCCCCGGUGGCCUUUCUCCAUUAUCCUGAGGCAUCGCAGGGCAAAUGGAAGCACCCCGGACCUGGAAUUGAGAGUCCUGGCUUAUGGUCCUGCCCUUUCCUCUCACUUGUGGUUUGACAAGGAAUCCAGAUUGCAAACUCACGUUAAGUUAUCUGGAGACUGGCUGAGGGAUGUUAAUCAAAUCACUACUUUCUCUGAGCCAACUUCUUCAUCUCCAAGAUGGGUAAAAUAGUACCUACUUCACAGGAUCGUGAUUGCCCAGAUCGCCAUUUAGGGCAGUAGGAAUCUUCUUUGAUUGUGGAACACUGGGCAUGAGCUUUGCCAUUGGCUGGCUGAGAAGGAGGAGGCAGAAUGUCUGCAUUGUUACACCACAGAGUUCAAACUUCAGAAGACUUUGAGUUAAGCAGUGUCAUUUACUCUGCAAGUGAUUAUGUCUUCACCUGUCCUCUAUGAUCAUCACAAACUAAUGAAACACCUCUUAGGUCUUAAGAAUUCGGGUCACACUGUUUUCUGGAUGCUCUGGCAGCUGAUACAGGACCUGUGAAAAAUGGAACCAAACUCGCUGAGGACAAAAGUCCCAGCUUUCCUAUCUGAUUUGGGGAAGGCCACCUUGAGGGGAAUCAGAAAGUGUCCCCGAUGCGGCACUUACAAUGGAACCCGGGGACUGAGCUGUAAAAAUAAGACCUGUGGAACCAUAUUCCGGUAUGGUGCGCGGAAGCAGCCUAGUGCGGAAGCUGUCAAAAUCAUAACAGGCUCUGACCUGCAAGUCUACUCAGUGCGGCAAAGAGACCGGGGCCCUGAUUACCGAUGCUUUGUGGAGCUAGGAGUUUCUGAGACGACAAUCCAGACCGUGGAUGGGACGAUCAUCACUCAACUGAGCUCUGGACGGUGUUAUGUCCCCUCAUGCCUGAAAGCUGCCACCCAGGGUGUGGUAGAAAACCAGUGCCAGCACAUCAAGCUGGCAGUGAACUGCCAAACAGAGGCCACCCCUCUGACUCUAAAGAGCUCGGUCCUGAAUGCAAUGCAGGCCUCGCCAGAAACCAAGCAGACCAUCUGGCAGUUAGCCACAGAACCCACAGGUCCCCUUGUACAGAGGAUUACUAAAAACAUUUUGGUGGUGAAGUGUAAGGCAAGUCAGAAGCAUAGUUUAGGAUAUUUGCAUACAUCCUUCAUGCAGAAAAUCAGUGCCAAAAGCUUACCUGAGCGCCGUUUCUUCUGCUCCUGCCAGACUCUGAAAUCACACAAGUCGAAUGCCUCCAAGGAUGAGGCGGUCCAGAGAUGCAUUCAUUUCUUUGCUUGCAUCUGUGCCUUUGCCAGUGACGAGACAUUGGCUCAGGAAUUCUCAGACUUCCUAAAUUUUGAUUCCAGUGGUCUUAAGGAGAUUAUUGUGCCCCAGUUAGGUUGCCAUUCAGAAUCAACAGUAUCAGCUUGUGAGUCUACUGCCUCUAAGCCAAAGAAGAGGAAAAAGGAGGAAGUAUCUGGUGCACAGACGAACAGCUCGAUGCUGCCUCAAGAUGCAGUGAACAGUAAUCUAAGGAAAAGUGGCCUGAAAAAGCCUGUGGUUGCUUCUUCAUUAAAAAGGCAGGCCUGUGGUCAGCUGUUAGAUGAGGCACAAGUGACCUUAUCCUUCCAAGACUGGCUGGCUAGUGUCACGGAACGCAUCCAUCAAACCAUGCACUAUCAGUUUGAUGGCAAACCAGAGCCACUGGUGUUCCACAUUCCUCAGUCCUUCUUUGAUGCCCUGCAACAGAGAAUAUCCAUAGGAAGUGCAAAAAAACGGCUUCCCAACUCCACCACAGCUUUUGUGCGCAAAGACGCCUUGCCACUGGGAACCUUUUCUAAAUAUACCUGGCAUAUCACAAAUAUCCUGCAAGUUAAACAAAUCUUAGAUACUCCAGAGAUGCCCUUGGAAAUCACCCGGAGUUUUAUCCAGAACCGGGAUGGGACUUAUGAGCUGUUUAAAUGCCCUAAAGUAGAAGUAGAGAGCAUAGCAGAAACCUAUGGCCGUAUAGAAAAGCAACCAGUGCUGCGACCCUUGGAACUAAAAACUUUUCUCAAAGUUGGCAACACUUCCCCAGAUCAAAAGGAGCCAACACCUUUCAUCAUUGAGUGGAUCCCAGAUAUUCUUCCCCAAUCCAAGAUUGGCGAGCUUCGGAUCAAGUUUGAGUACGGUCACCACCGGAAUGGCCAUGUGGCAGAAUACCAAGACCAGCGGCCCCCCCUGGACCAGCCCUUGGAGCUUGCACCUCUGACCACCAUUACUUUCCCUUGAGGCAAAACAAAAGAGGCUUUUGCUGCUAAAUUUGCACAUCCCAACCCUUUGACAACUUUAAAUACUAGUCAGGCACUUAGAUGGCCUUGUUCCUUAAUGAACCACUCUUAGCUAAGACGCAGUUUCUCAACACAAUCAAUUGGAUACUGUUGAAGAAAAACUCUUUUUGUAAAUAGCCCUUUUGGUGCUGCUGUGUAUAGUCUUCAUUCUAAAUUGGGUGGUAUUUCUGGCUAGAGUUUUUAAGGGAACAAAAAGAAAACCAGCCUACCAUCUUCUUUAAAGGACCCACUUUUAGAGUUUGUUUCAACCUUUUCCUAAUUCUCUAAGGUUAUUAGCAGCACUCUGCCCUACACCAACAGUGUUGAAAUGUUAAUAAUACCUUGGUUAUGGCAGAAUGUUAUUAAGGACCAUCCUGUCAGAGUUCCAGUUAUGCCAUUUUAUUCUGUUCUCAAAUAAAGCACAGUGUCACUAGUUUUUCCAAAUUAUAUCUCAUAUUGGCCUAAUUAUAAAAUCAUAAACAUUUUGAGAAAUUUAGGUGAUAGUGAAAUAGGAAAAAGAGGUCCAGGGAAUAUUGACAUUACAGACUAAUUCUCGUAGGAGUUCCCUGGUGGCUCAGCAGAUUACAGAUCUGGUGUUCUCACUGCCUUGACUUGGGUCGCUGCUAUGGUGUGGAUUCAGCUCCUGGCCUGGGAACCUCUGCGUGUUGAAGCUGUAGCCAAAGUCAAAACAAAACAAACAAAUGCUUGUAGUGGCUUGUUCACUAUGUAAAUAUAUAUGUGUAUAUAUAUAUAUAUAUAUACACACAUAUAUAUAUAUAUUUUUUUUUUGUAUUUUGUCUUUUUAGGGCCACACCCACAGCAUAUGGAGGUUCCCAGGCUAGGGGUCAAAUCGAAACUACAGCUGCCAGCCUAUGCCACAGCCACAGCAGAUAGGAUCCAAGCCGCAUCUGUGACCUACCCCACGCUCAUGGCAAUGCCAGAUCCUUAACCCACUGAGUGAGGCCAGGGAUUGAACCCACAACCUCAUGGUUCCUAGUCAGACUCUUUUCUGCUGCACCACAACAGGAACUCCUGUUCACUUUAUUUUCUUCUUUCCUCUCCAAAAAGUUAAACAGUUGGUAAAAUUUAGUUCCUUCUUUUGAAUUCACUGAUUACAGACUGGAAAUAUGGAAAGACCCAGAAUGGAAGCCUGUCUUCAAGAAGGAAAGAAUAAACAUUUCCUAUCUGCCUACUA